AUGGUAAGGUACUGCACGAGGGGAGAAAACAAGGAACAGGGGGUUCGGCCCGAAACAACCCUAACAAUAACAUACAAACAAGCAUCCCCGCACNGGGGGGGGGGGUUAGCAACGACAUUUAUUCGAUGCUGCUAUACCGUCAAGGCCCAUCUGUCAUUUGCCCCCUUUGAUUGUUGGCGCUAUACAGCUGCCAAUCAUUCUGCUCGAGCACAGGUUACUGGACGUCUCUCCUGGCAGGGAUCGUCUGCUUUUUCCUCGGUGACUUUGUUGCUUGGCUCGCUUGGUUCGUUCUCAGCACACCAUCCGCUUCCUGCAGCCCCCAUCUGUAAUUAG